AUGCCGGGCACAAUAUCCAUCACCCACACUGACCUCCACAAUGCUCUCGUGAACCGAGAAGUGCACGGCGGCGCAGUGUUGAAGCUUUCUUCAAGUCCCCAUCGACAUCAGCUCCGCACAGUCCCACCACUGCCACCUUCAUGUUCAUCAGAUCAAAUUGAUCUAACAAAUCUCAAGCUCACCCGGAAAAAGCCCCAACCGGUGUCUGAGCCCACCUCGACUCUUCCUCCCGAUGGUCAGCUCGAAAAUAAGGAGUCGAAUGCCAUCGUGUUCGAUGACCUCCCGACACGGGCAUGGCGUCAAAACUGGGAGCGCUCCGCCCCCAUCGAUCUCUUUUUUCAAGUGCAGCGCAAGCCACCCCCGAGCCAGCCGCAGCUCUCCUUCCCGCCGCCGGUCGUGCACAAGCAAACCGUCCAGGCCGAUCCGCCGCGCACCUUCCUCUACGACACGUUCUCGCUCCGUUACGACGAACUAGACAAGCGAGGGCUCGUCGAUGGGCGCGGGGUCUGGCCCAAGGGGUUGGGCUGGAAAGGGCCUUGA